GUGAGAACGGCGGCACUUAUGUUCCUCUAUAGCAAGUAUCUUGUGCGGAAUUCUAUCGGUUAUCGCCGCUAUUUUGGCAAAAACAAAAGCUUACAUUUACCUUUUGCAAACAUGUGCGAAGCGGUUUCUCCGGCGGAUCAGCGGAAUGUGGAGGUGAAGGCACGCAUUCCGGGCGGAGCCGAGGGCUUCGCGCAACUCCUAAUCCGGGCUAGAAAACUAAGCGGCGGCCAGGAUGCGCAGAUAAUUGAGCAGCACGAUGUUUUCUUUGAAUCUCCGUUGGGCGGACGCCUCAAGUUGCGCUAUUUACAGGCUCCAUUGCGAUCCCAAUUGGUCUACUACGAUCGCCCGGAUGUCGCCGGUCCCAAGCUCUCCAAGUUCAACAAGACGGAGGUGGACGAACCGGAGGUGCUGGAGAAGAUCCUACGCCAGUCGAACGGAGUACUUGGAGUACUCGCCAAGCGGCGGCAUUUAUUCCUGCACGGACAAACUCGCAUCCAUCUGGACGAGGUGAAGGAUCUGGGCCACUUCAUGGAGCUGGAGGUGUGUCUAAGGCCGGAGCAAACGCUGGAGCAGGGACAAACCAUCGCCGAGGAGCUGUCCAAGGAGCUGGGCAUCCAGGAGGAGGACCUCAUGACCGGCUCCUACUUCGAUGCCCUGCGGAAGGGACAGAAAAAUGUAGACAAACCGUAGUAUUAAUCUCUUUACCAAUCAUUUCCCAAUAUGGAUUACUUGGUUGCUUCAUUUUUGUAAAAAAAAAACGUGUAAAAUAAUAAAUUUUAAAACUAAAAA